AUGACUCUCGUGGUCGAGAGCAGCGAUACCAGUGACAAUGUCAAAGCCAAGAUCCAAGACAAGGAAGGAAUCCCACCGGACCAACAACGUCUCAUCUUCGCUGGAAAACAGCUUGAAGAUGGCCGUACCUUGGCUGACUACAAUAUUCAGAAAGAUAAUUCUGAUAAUGAAAUGAAUGUUGAACGAUCACGUCAAUCUCAAGAAAAGAAUGUGUCUCAUUCAAGUUCAAGUCCAACACCAAGUCAGAGUGAUGAUGGUGGUGGUUUAAGUCUAGAUAAUGAUGGUGAUGGUGAUGAAUACAAAGAAAAUCCAUUUGCUGAAUCUAGUGAGGGUCAAAGUGCACGUACAGCUCGAUCAAAAGGAAAAGCGAAGAAGCACCACUAUGAAAUUUUUAGAGGUUCUUCUUCUUCAGGUGAAAAAUCAAAUUCUAGUAACUUUGAGUAUAGUGAAUCAUCUGCUAGUACUCAAAGACAUUAUUAUCCAUCAGAACAACAUAAUUUUCAACCUCCUCAUGGUUAUCUACCUCCAUAUGGUUAUUAUCCACCUCAAAUGUGUUAUGCUCGUCUGCAUCCAAGAGCUGUGAACUGUCGCAAAAAGAAGUGUGGUCAUAGCAAUCAGUUGAGCCCAAGAAGAAGACCAAGUAAACAUGACUCUGGUUAUCUCUUGAUGAAGAAUUUGAGUUAA